AUGAAUAAAAUUAAGAAGGUUGAUAAUACAAAUAAAUGGUCAUGUCAAUUUUGUACAUAUCUCAAUCCAGUAUCAGCAUAUCCUACAUGUUUAAUGUGUGAACAAUCAGAUAGUUCAUUAACUAAAUAUAAUUCCGCUAAUAAUUCAUCGCAACUUAUUAAUACAUCUAAAUCAUCAUCAUCAAUAACAACAACAUCGAUUUCAGUUACUGUUCAUGAUCGACAAAAUAAUGAUGAAAUUAAUGCUGAAAAACUCUUUCAUCGUAUUCAAUCAUAUUGUCGAAAAAAUAAAAUACAUUUUGUUGAUGAUCAAUUUCCUCCAUCAUCUGGUUCAAUUGGUUAUAUUAAUCAUUCAUAUCAAUGGUUAAGAAUUUCUCAAAUACGUUCAUUAUCAUUAACAGAUCGUUUUUUAUCAUGGAGUGUUUAUUUAUCAUCAUCUGAACCAAGUGAUAUUCAACAAGGUGAACUUGGUGAUUGUUGGUUAUUAGCUGCUUUAGCUUUAAUUACUGAACGACCAGAAAUGCUUGAACAUAUUGUAUUAACUAAAGAAGUUAAUGCACAAGGUGUUUAUCUUAUACGUUUAUGUCAUCAUGGUUUAUGGAAAACAAUUGUAGUUGAUGAUUGUUUUCCAUGUACACAAGAUAAACAAUUAGCAUAUUCAAAAGCAAAUCGUCGUCAAUUAUAUGUUCCAUUAAUUGAAAAAGCAUGUGCAAAAUUAUUUGGUUCAUAUGCAGAUUUAAUUGGUGGAAAAACUGAAGAAGGUCUACAAUUAUUAACAGGUUCUCCAUGUACUCAUAUUGAUCUUAAUCCACAUGAUCAUAUACUUGAUAGUAAUAUUGCUUGGGCAAAACUUUUAUCUGCUUGUGAAGCUCAUUUAUUAAUCGGUGCUACAACUGGCCGUAGAAAUAUAAAUGAAGAAGAAUAUCAACGUAUACAUAUUCAUAGUAAUCAUGCAUUUUCAAUACUUGCUGCAUAUUAUCUAUCAGAAAUUUCUAUGCCAUUUGUACUUGUUCGAGAUCCACAUGCUCGAGUAAAUUAUAGAGAAGAAAUAAUAACAUCAUCGAUUCUUAGUCAAUUAAAUUCGAUACUUCCAUUUCAUUUACCAUCUGGUGCUUUUUGGAUUUCAUGGCCUGUAUUUCUUCAAUUUUUUAAUUCUAUUACAAUAUCAUCAUAUGCUAAUGAUUAUUAUGAUGUACGUGAAGUAGCUAAAUUUACUCGAUCAUCAAUAGAACCAAUUCCAACAUUUCAUUUUUAUGUAUCUAAAACAUCAAUAGUUGAUAUUAGUUUACAUUAUCAUUGUAAAAGACGUCAAUCAGUUAUUCAUCAUAUACAAUCAUUUGUUUUAUGUAAUAUUGAACAUGAACCGUCUAAAGCUAUUGGUACACGAGUUGCUAUAUUACAAACAUAUCGUGGUGGAUUUACACAUUGGACAGGUUCAUUAAGUUCUGGUACUUAUAUACUUAUUCCAUUUUCUACUAGUUUUUGGGAUGAAAAAAAUCAUGCAUCGAUAAGAGAUUAUACACUUGUUAUACAUUCUAAAAUUCCAAUUGAUUUACAUGUUAUUAAUGAAUCAGCAACAGCUUUAACUGAUUGUUUAAUUGCAACUAUUCCAAAAGAAAAUUUUAAUAGAUCUUAUCAUAAAGAUUUUAAGUAUUAUUCAACACCAGGACGAUGUGAUUUUGUAAUGUUUAUUGCACAAAAUUUAUCAUCUACUAAUUAUUUAAAUAUAGAUAUUGAUAUGAAUGAUUCAAUGUAUAUACGUAGUUCACGUCAAUCAUUUAUAACUCAUGAUUGUAUUCCACCAAAGCAUAAACAAAUUAUAUUUCUUACUGAAUGGACUAAUCAACAUUCUCAAACAGCUAAAUUAACUUAUGUAUAUCAAACAUCAUUUGUACAACAAUCAAACAAUUCUGUACCAGCAAUUAAUAUUGAUAAAAAUGAUUUUCAUUCAUUUCGACGUUUGAAAUAUUAA